AAGCAUGGACGAUUGAAGUCUUUACCAACACUAGUAUAAUUUAGAAUUAAAAUACAUCCCCGCUGUGGCAAAUAUUUAAAAAAUUGCCACAAACCGAUGAUUAAUAAGUCUUCUUUUGUUCUUUUACGAAUAAUUGACAUUGAAAGAUUGAAAAGGUUACCCGAAAUCCUUACUUUAAGUUUCUGGCCUGCUAAAACCGCUCCAUAAUGCCAAGUGAAAUAAUUACACUGCAGCUGGGACAAUGCGGCAAUCAAAUUGGUUUUGAGUUCUGGAAGAGAUUGUGUCUUGAGCAUGGCAUCUCUCCCAGCGGCGUGCUGGAGGACUUCGCCACUGAUGGCAUGGACCGCAAGGAUGUGUUCUUCUACCAGGCGGACGACAACCAUUACAUCCCUCGAGCAGUGUUGUUGGAUCUGGAGCCGAGGGUGAUCAAUGCCAUAAUGGGCUCCGCAUACUCUAAGCUCUACAAUCCAGAGAAUGUGUACCUAUCUAAGCAUGGAGGCGGCGCUGGCAACAACUGGGCCUCGGGUUACAGCCAGGGCGACAAGCUGCAGGAAGAGAUAUUCGACAUAAUCGACCGCGAGGCCGAUGGCAGCGAUUCGCUGGAGGGUUUCAUACUCUGCCACUCCAUUGCCGGCGGCACGGGCUCUGGAAUGGGAUCCUUCAUCAUGGAGCGGCUAGCAGACCGCUAUCCCAAGAAACUCAUUCAGACAUUCAGUGUGUUCCCCAACCAGGACGAGAUCAGCGACGUUGUAGUGCAACCCUACAACUCCAUGCUGACCCUAAAACGUCUGACCACCGCGGCGGACAGCGUAGUCGUUCUGGACAACACUGCCCUUAACCGCAUAGCCUGCGAUCGUUUGCACAUCCAGAAUCCGAGCUUCUCGCAGAUCAACAAUCUGGUAUCCACCAUAAUGAGUGUGAGCACCACCACUCUGCGGUAUCCCUCUUACAUGAACAACAAUCUCAUGGGACUAAUGGCUCCACUGAUUCCGACGCCCCAGCUCCACUUCCUUAUGACUGGCUACACGCCUCUGACCAGCGAUUCGGAUGUCAACAGCCAUGAAACGGUUAAUGUGCGCAAAACUACAGUUCUGGAUGUAAUGCGUCGCCUGCUGCAGCCCAAAAACAUGAUGGUGUCCACGGGACCCGACAAGGCCAACCACCACCGCUACAUUUCCAUUUUGAACAUCAUCCAGGGCGAGGUGGAUCCCACGCAGGUGCACAAGUCCUUGCAGCGCAUCCGGGACCGGAAGAUGGCCCACUUCAUUCCCUGGGGUCCCACUUCCAUACAGGUGGCCCUCUCCCGCUCCUCGCCCUACGUGCAAAGUAACCACCGAGUGUCCGGCCUGAUGUUGGCCAAUCAUACAAGCAUCUGCUCGCUAUUUGAGCGGGCUCUUAACCAGUACGAUAAACUGCGCAAGCGUGGCGCUUUUCUUGAUCAGUUCAAACGCGAGGACAUCUUUAAGGACAGUCUCGAUGAGCUUGACGAUUCUCGUGAAACGGUUGACUGCCUGGUGCAAGAGUACGAGGCCGCCACACGCGAGGACUACAUGCAGUUUUCAGUAAAGCGAGGAGCAGGGGGUCCAGCAGACUCCAAGUCGGAGGACGCAAGGUCUGCAACCAGCAGCGGUGUCUAGCUCAUUCGUGCCAGCAGUUGUGUGCCAUGAGUUUUCUCGAAUGUAUUUUAA